AUCCAGCUGAAAGAUGAUGGCCAGAUUGUGGAAGACAACAUGGUUCCUGUUGGCCAUUCUGGUGGCGCUGGUGGCCUUCAGCUACCAAGUAAAGAGGAAAACAUUUAUACGGGUUGAAGAAGUAAACGCAUUGGAGUCAUCUGUGAAGGAAACAUUGGAAUAUGUUACAGAAGAAUACAACAAGAAAAGUGAAGACUUGUACAACUUCAGGAUCCUUCGAAUCUUGAAGAUUGAGAAGCAGAUGACGAAUCACAUGGAGUUUCACAUCACGGUGGAAAUGCAGCGGACCACCUGCCUGAAGACAGAGAAGAACCUCUGUAAUGUCCAAGAAGGGGAACUUCACAAGCAAAUCCAGUGCUACUUCUCAGUGUAUGUCAUUCCCUGGCUUGAAGUAUUCAAAAUGCUCAAGAAGAACUGUACCAAUAGCAGCUGAGUGUCCUGGAGC